AUGGCUUGUGAUAACCGGACGAAAGUGUACCUGGGAUACGAAGAUGAAUAUGUCACUGAUAAACAUCGGCCGAGUAUUAACUUCAUGACAAAUAAGAUCGGUGGUUUUCCAAAUUGUUAUGAAAAGAAUACGUUGUCACUACCGCAGUGCAGAUUAUGCAGACUGUAUCAACUCCUGGCUCUGCAGUUGUAUGUUCCAUUAGAUAAUUCUAAGUAUCACAGGACGCUUUAUAUUUUUACUUGCGUCAAUCCGAACUGUUGGAAUCAAAAUGAAAGUUGGACUUGUUUGAGAGUACAAGUAUCGGAGGAUGAGUGCAAGACGAAUACUUUUGAUACUACCAGUAUAAAUGUACCACCUACGACAUCAUGGUUGUCAGAUGCAGAUGACUGGGGUGAUAAUUUCAAUGAUAACUCCGAACAAAAUGGAAAUAAUUUAUUGCCAAAUAAUUUAACAGAUCUUCACUUCUCCUUGCAAAAGGAGGUUGAUGAAAAUAUAAGAGAAGAGCUCUCUGCAUUGCACGUUGAUGAUCCUAAUGCGAAUAGCCCAGCGAGCAUUGAAUCCCCAGUUGGGGUAGGUGCUGUAGGUAGAUUAGACUCUCCUCAAGCAUCUGCUGAAAUUGACGGGGAAGAGAGUGAAGUCGUUUGUAUCGAUACUCCGACCCAUCCUCAAUGCGAUUUAAUUGGUUUACUUCGAGAAGUAACUCCGUUCCCUAUGCAACUGGAAUCGCAUGAUAAAAAAUUGUCGUUCGUCGAAAUAUUUAUUUCCGUCGAAGAAGAAGAUUCCAUUCCAGACGUGUCGCAACACGUCCGCGAUUUACUUCUCGAGUAUCAAUACAGAAAUCCAGAUUUGUCGAUGAAAGCCGGAGGGGACAUGAACGAAGGCAAAAGUACAGAAACGGAUUUGGAAAAAUACGAAAAAGGCAUUCCAAUGCACGGUGAUGAGAUGUUUCAUAAUUUCGUCACUCAGAUACAGAAGAACCCUGGUCAACUUUUACGGUACUGUCGAGACAAUUCUACACCGUUGUUAUUAUACCCAAUAAGCGGAUGCGUCGGGAAAUGUCGGCAUUGCGGCGGUGAAAUGAUAUUCGAAGUACAGAUUUUACCUACACUCAUCUCCAAACUGAUACUUCAACCACGGGUCGAAAAGCAUUUUCAAAUCGAAUUCGGGACUGUGUUAAUAUAUACUUGUGUAAGGAGUUGUUGGUCUCCGCUGGAUUUAUACAGGGAAGAACACGUUAUUGUUCAAGCUGAGAAAUUAUAGUGAUACUACGAUUAAAAUAAAUUUAAUAGAACUUCGAACUUCCAGUUUUAGGAGAAUUUGAUUUUCUUGUAGGAAAAUACCGUCCACCUAUUCGUGUACACAUACAGUCGAAUUCAUAGUAGUGGUAAAAUGAAAUUCUAAUGCCUGGUAUAAGGUUCGUUAAAAAACACUUUCUAAAAACAAGAGUUGUGUUAGGGUAGUCAUGAGAAAGAGACGUUAUUUUACUCUUAAAUUUAAUAUAGUGUAAGAGAUAUUAUACACUGCUAUUCACAUAUAAAUACAUGAUCGUUAAUGGAAA